AUGUCCUCCUUAGCCAUAGUAACACAUCCCCCUAGUGAUAAUAACCACACCGGCGACACCACGGAGGAGGAAGACGACUACAGCUCGGAGUACGAAGAGGACAGCGAGGAGGAGCGCCGCCGCGCGUAUUACGAGGCUCGCGAGAGGGACGAAGCCUUGAAACAGACCACGGAGGAGGAAGACGACUACAGCUCGGAGUACGAAGAGGACAGCGAGGAGGAGCGCCGCCGCGCGUAUUACGAGGCUCGCGAGAGGGACGAAGCGUUGAAACAGGAGGAAGACGACUACAGCUCGGAGUACGAAGAGGACAGCGAGGAGGAGCGCCGCCGCGCGUAUUACGAGGCUCGCGAGAGGGACGAAGCCUUGAAACAGGAGGAAGACGACUACAGCUCGGAGUACGAAGAGGACAGCGAGGAGGAGCGCCGCCGCGCGUAUUACGAGGCUCGCGAGAGGGACGAAGCGUUGAAACAGGUACAUAGACUAAAGCCUGGUCCUCAUAAUAACCACACCGGCGACACUACGGAGGAGGAAGACGACUACAGCUCGGAGUACGAAGAGGACAGCGAGGAGGAGCGCCGCCGCGCGUAUUACGAGGCUCGCGAGAGGGACGAAGCGUUGAAACAGGAGGAAGACGACUACAGCUCGGAGUACGAAGAGGACAGCGAGGAGGAGCGCCGCCGCGCGUACUACGAGGCUCGCGAGAGGGACGAAGCGUUGAAACAGGUGACAAUAGGGCUUACAUUCUUUCGCUAG